AUUCCUAGAUUCUGCAAGUCAGUCCCCUUUCGAGCUGUUGUAGGAAAGCAGAAUGCUCGCUGGUUAGCUGAAAGGCAGCAAUUUCUGCAUCCCCUCCCGGCAUGCUGUGUUAGACUAGAGAGAGCGAGCAGGUCGUUUUUUUUUCCCUUCAAGGCGUGAACUCAGAACUGGAGACGGUCAAGAGGAGGUUAUUGUAGAGUUCUUCAUGCGCAAAGGAUAGACGCAGAUCCCGAGGACUGUGUGGGGAAAGAAAACGCAACGUAAUACACUUCUUGCUGGAAAAAUAGUUUUUUUUUUAAGUUGAGGAAUUAAAAGUUUAAAAAUAAUGGCCGGAGCUACGUCGAUUGAAGCUGUGAAAAGAAAAAUCCAGACCUUGCAGCAGCAGGCUGAUGAUGCCGAGGAACGGGCAGAACGAUUGCAGAGAGAGGUGGAUGCGGAGAGACAGGCCAGAGAGAGAGCUGAGGCGGAGGUGGCCUCUCUGAACCGCCGCAUCCAGCUGGUGGAGGAGGAGCUGGACCGUGCACAGGAGCGACUGGCCACCGCGCUGCAGAAGCUCGAGGAGGCUGAGAAGGCAGCUGAUGAAAGUGAGAGAGGGAUGAAGGUGAUUGAGAACCGAGCAAUGAAGGAUGAGGAGAAGAUGGAGAUUCAAGAGAUGCAGCUCAAGGAAGCCAAACACAUUGCUGAGGAAGCUGACCGGAAGUAUGAAGAGGUGGCUCGCAAGCUUGUGAUCCUGGAGGGGGAGCUGGAGCGAUCUGAGGAGCGGGCUGAAGUGGCCGAGGCUCGAGUGAGGCAGCUGGAAGAGGAGCUUAGAAUAAUGGACCAGAAUUUGAAAUCCCUGAUGUCCACAGAGGAAGAGUAUUCGCAAAAGGAAGAUAAAUAUGAAGAAGAAAUCAAGCUUCUAACAGAUAAACUCAAAGAGGCUGAAACCCGUGCUGAGUUUGCUGAAAGAUCAGUAGCAAAACUUGAAAAAACAAUUGAUGAUUUGGAAGAUCGUUUCCACAAGGAGGUGGAGAAAAACCGAAUUCUGAAUAAUGAGCUCAGAGUUGUGCUUAGUGAGCUUAACAGCUGAUGCAGUUUGAUGGCACUAGCUAACAUAGAAGCACCACUUGCAGAACCUGCUUUUUCCACAAAUUACGGCUUCUGACAAAACUUUGAAUCCUUUCUUGCGUGAUCUUGUAUUUCCUUUUGUCUUAAAGUGGUCUUCACCUAACAGUUCUGGGGCUUGAGAAGCUAAAAUUCACUUGCCAAUAAAGUUUUUAAUGAAGUACAUGUUGCUGCAAAUGCCUGUCAAUUAUCACAGUUGAAGUGUAACUGGUUUUCAUCAACCUGUUGGGAUUAAUUUCACUGCAAAAGCUACAGGAAGAGUGUCCAGCUUGGGUUCUAGAGAACCCCAGUCCAUUUAUUAUAGUUCACUCUAAAUCUGAUAUUUAAUGGAUAGCAACAGUUUAAACUUAUGAUCAAGUAAGCAGAUGUUUCACUGAAGGGAACACUGAUCCACGAGGACUCAAUGGUAUUCUGUUUUUUGUUACAAAUUUCAAUUGAUCAUAUUUAGUUGAUAUAUUAAAUUGUUUAGAAAUUAAACUUGUUGGAUUUGUGGAUUUCUGGCACCAGGGUUGGAGAACCCUAGGUGCGGAAAAACAGAUUAUAGUGAAAUUAAACAUUUCUGCAAUUGACUUUGAGCCCAACAUCUACAAAAUUUUCUAUUUCUAUAAACUGAAAUUGGGCAUUUCCUAUAAAAAAUCCUGUUUGGCAACACGGGCAUUUUGAAACAAUGCAGCUCCUGUUGGACAAAAAAUUUGAUUUCUUCUACAGGAAAUAAAAAUUGAUCUAAAAAAAGAUACGAGUAAAAAUGUACACCCCAUCCCUCCAUGUUUUAGCUAUGACACAACAAACACCUAUCCAGUGCAGCAACAAGUUACACCAUAUUUGUAAAACCAAGUCCCCAACCCCCACUUUCUAAUAUGGGCCUUCUUUGAACUGUCCUAAUUUCUUACCUGUGACCUGUGGUCUCCUCUAAACUGGUGAUGUGCAUUUGCUAUUUGUGCCUGCACUGGACUCAAGACGAGCAACAGAUUCAUCCAUCUGAAGUCACUGUAGCUCAUCAGGUCUCAAGUUGUAGGCCUCUAUUGGGCUAUUUUUCUGCUUUUGCCAAGUAAGCUCACUUUACCCACCCCCAGACUCAUACUUAAGUUUUCUUCAGCUAGAGGUGGGUGGUGCAAGACCUAAUAAGCCACCUACUUCAAUUUGUUUGAUUUAUAAUUGCUUUGUUAAUUUGGAAAAUUUGAAUUGCUUUUCUAAAGCUCGGUUUCUAAUUGAAAAGUGCCUGCUAAAUCUGCCGGACUCCAGCCUCCAAGAACUGGAGUUGCCCUCCUUGCUUUAGUUUUAAGUUUUAAGUGCACACCAAUUUUAGCAACAGGGUACGCAUUCAAACCAGCCAUCCAUUUUAACUUGAGCAGAAAUGUGGUCUUAAUCUUAUCCUGACCAUUUAACCUGUAUAGGCAUCUGAAGCUUUGCCAUUUCAUUCACUAAAUGAAUUGCAGUCUGCUGCAGUUUUAUGUAGCGAAGAGUAAUCCCAAUUUCAUUAUUGCUAAUUUUUUCUGGGGUCCAGAAUUUAGCCACAAAAUUUGUGUGCAGGAAAUGCUGGACAUUGAUCUAAUUCCAAAUUCUUCUUUGGGUACAGAAGUGGCUGCAUUUAGUCUUUCAACGGGCCCUAAUAUUGUCACUCAUCUAGUUUAAGUGUAAUUACUCACAUGUAUUUAUACCCAUUUUGGUAGAACAUUUUAAGUUUUAAAAUCUGCUCUUUGCAUCAAUUUCAGACAUAAAGCCCUUGUUUGGUUAACUUAACUGAAGGUUCAUACUUUCCAAAAUGCAAAUUACAUAAGCCAUGUAUAACGCUUGUAUGGGUUCAAAGUUUGUCAGAAUAAGUAGUUCUUCAUUGGUCACACUUAAUGCAUAUGUGACAUCUAAUGUAUGUAUGACAACAAUAGUUAUAGUAUCAAUCUUAUUUCAGCAGUAACUUGUUAAAACAUCUGAAGUAGGUUAUUUUAAAGUCAUAGGACACCUGUGAAUAUUACUAUGGCAUUUGUUGUGCUCUUUUUACUUGCACCAAAAAACUUCAGAAGAUUAUGCAUUUAGCAGCAUGUUUAAAUUCUCCCAAAUCGAGGGUAGCAAACUUAUAGCUGUUAUCUUGAACUAUAAGGAGUAUGCCUUGCUUUGAUUGGAACAAUUAAUCUGCUUUUUGAAGUAGUGGUCAAGGUUCAUGCAUUCACACAUGGUAGCUGAAGGAUAUAAAUCCAAGUCUGUAAAAACAGGUCCCAUCUUCCUAAAUGCCAUAGCCUGGCACUGGUUUCCAAUGACUGCUUUUUCUUCUGUCCACUGACAAAUUUACAAAAACAGUGAAUUUAAUUUCUAACAAUCUGCACUACUGUUGACUGUUAAAUUGAAUAUUUAACUGACGUAGUGUACAGCAUUGCUUUGUACAAAUAGCAUUUAAUUAGCUCUUGGAUACGUUUUUGAUAGCUCAUUGAUAGUGUGCUUACAGUUACACAUAUAAGGACCUACAAAGUGGCUGCUACUAAAAGUGAUUGCUCACAUGUAGUCUGAGCCUUGGUCAUGUCACUAGCCAAUUCCCCAAGCAGCAGAGCACAGCACAGUCUGAUUGAUCCUCACCAAUAGUCUUGUGCUUUUGGUAAGGGGCAUCUUUUCCAGUUGGAGU